AUGACCGAUCUCAUGGCCGGUGCCGGAGAAGCUUUUGAUAAAGAAACAGAACUUAAGUCCCUCGCCAAAAUGAUCGUCUCCGAUUUGAAGACCCACAUCAGCAACUUUUCAAGCGGUCCAAAGGCGUGCGAUGGUCAAGGUCAGAUUCGAGAGGGCAAUAUUCAAGUCUCUGAGCCUCGUAAAGAAGCAAUUUCAAUAGUCUGCACGGCGACGGAAAGGACAGUUGCCUACUCUCAGCCUGGGUCCCGGCAUGGUCACUGA